AUGAGUGACAUCUGCCAUAAAAGGGUUGGUCGGAGCUGCCACGGAAUGAGAGGUUUCCGGCUCAAGUACACCAGAAAAUUUUCAGUCCAACGCCUACGAAGAAAGUUUUUGCAAUUGUUCAGGCUAUUUAAUGAGUGGCGAUCCUCAUACGAGCAUGCUUUAAAAACACUGAGGAGCAAUAUAUCCAGAAGUGGUAGCAAAAAUGAUAAAAACAGUGUCAGAAGGAAAUUUUUAGUGAAGGAGGUGGAGGUGCCAAGCAUGUUUUACACUGAAUAUAGGUUUAGAUCGUUUGCGAGUUCAAAAUCUUUUUACUCUGAAGCCAUUUCGGAGUGCUUGGAAUUUAUCAAGCGGUCUUCUGUUUCAGUGGAUGAGGAGCCAGUCAGCCAUAGAUAA